AACUUUAAAUAAAAGAGCGUUUAUGAAGGAAUAUAGGUCGGCAUGGUCAAUCUGGACAGGAUUUUGGGUCAGCCAAAAAAAAAAGGAUGAAUUGAAAUCCCGCACGAUCCUCCAUUCAAAACUCGCGCCCUCUAGAUCAUCAAGCAAGAAGCAACAGUGUUCAAUGUGAUAGUGGUGAGCGGUGUAGCGUGGAUGUGUGCGUCCGUCAAUCUUUCGCAGCUACGCCUUUCCGUGAGGCGGCUGGAGCAGGAAAUCGCCGAGCCGUGCUGCAGAGAGGAAAGGAUGGCAGGUGGUGCCGCGGUGAACACUCCCAACACAUGCAGGAGGAAAGAAAGGAUGGCAGGUGGUGCCGCGGUGAACACUCCCAACACAUGCAGGAGGAAAGAAAGGAUGGCAGGUGGUGCCGCGGUGAACACUCCCAACACAUGCAGGAGGAAACAGCGGCGGGAGCUUUUUCCUUCCUCGCGGCCAGACGACGCGGACUGGCUUUUUCCUGCUCCUCCUGACACACUCACAGUUUACCGACACAAGAUGGAUUAUGAUGCAGAAAUGAAGAGAAUUCAGAAGAUGUUGGAUGAAGUAGAAGUGAGUAGCUCAUAAGACAAAGAAAGUGUGGGGAGGGAUGUUCCUGCCUCCAACAGUGAAAGUGAAGAAGAUUACCUGGAAGAGGAUCUGCAUGUUCCUGAUUGUGAAUGUUAUGAAUCAGACCCAGAUGAUCUACCAGACCAGCCCCAAAAGAAAAAGGCAAAAAAUUGAUGGAUGGAAGGGAAAAAGAUAAAACAACAUGAUGGAAGAAGAAUGUUCCUAAAUUGCUAUGUCAUACCCUUUCUAGCAAUGUUAUCAAAUUUACACCAAAACUAAAAGGACCAGCUCUAAAUGCCAAUUCUCCUGCAGACUUUUGGGGAGUCUUCAUCACGGCAGAAAUAAUUGGUUUAUUAGUAGAACAUACUAACUCGAUGAUCGCUAUGCAGAAAGGGAACUAUACUCAGCCCUACAGAACAAAAGACACUGAUGUUUUCGAAGUGAAGGCAUUGACUGGACUGCUUAUGUUAGCUGGUACAUAUCAUGUUAGCAGGCUGCACCUUGCUCAUAUUUGGAAAGCAGAUGGUACUGGCAUCGAGGUGUUCAGGCUGACUACAUCACUGGAUUGCUUUCAUUUUCUAUUAUGUUGUCUAUAAUUUGAUGACAAAGCAACAAGUGAGAAAAGAAAGAAGGUGGAUAAGCUUGCCCCAGUUAGGCAAAUAUUUGAGAUGUUUGUGGAAAAUUGCAAAAAGAAAAACACCCCAUCAGAAUUUGUGACUAUAGAUGAAAUGCUUGUAGCCUUUAGGGGCCACUGUCCCUUUAGGAAAUAUAUACCCAGUAAACCAGCCAAAUAUGGCAUCAAAUCAUCACGUUCUAUAAUUCAACCAAAGGAGGAAUAGAUGUGCUUGACAUGAUGAUGGAUAAGUAUUACGUUUCCAGAAACAGCUGGUGUUGGCCUCUAAUUGUGUUCUUUGCUCUGCUGAACAUUGUCUGUGUAAAUUCGUAUGUCCUGUAUGCUCACAACCCACAGAAUAAACUCAAGCACCGCAAAUUCAUCAAGAAAGUAUGCAUGAUGCUAUUAGAAGACACUCUAAAGAAAAGACUGCAGAACAGAAGGCCAAAAGGUCUCAGAACAGAAAUUGCAAGGCUGUUCCCUGAAAUUGCAGAUGCAACAUCCUCAACAAGCUCACAGUUGUUACAAUGCCAGGCAAAGAGAUGUGUAUUUUGUGCCAGGUCAAAGGAUCGAAA